GUACCUCUUUAUGUAUUUCGUUUUUUGGGCUUUUUUAGAAAAAUCGUUUGUCAUAAUUUGAAAAUCACACUUGAACUCUUGACCUCUUGUCACCGAGAAUGCGUAAGAACGGGGAUUUAGCGUAAACAAACCCCCGCCACUUCUUGUUAGCAAUUGCGAACAAAGGAGUAUCCAUUAGGCUAGUAUGUUAUGAAUUUAUCUAUUUAAUCUAUUUGUACUCUAGUCUAAUUGAAUAUUAAGUUUAUAUACUCAGACAUCUUUACCUAUAACAAAAACCUCAAGUCUUUACCUGUUUGCCCUUGGUGUUCUUCUAACUCUGUGUCCGAGCUCCUAACUCCUAAUUUGAAUUUAGUUUGUAACAAUCUUCGAACACCCGUUUUUGUUUGACGAUGAUUUUAGUGUUUGGAGAAUCAAAGGCGGUUAGUAUUCUUACAAAUGAGCAUAGUCUUUAUAAUAUGCUUAUUACUGUGCUCAUUAACUCAACACUGGAAACUUUUGAAAGUGAUGUCUCUUUGGACUCCAUGGUCUUGAAUCUUAAAUUCGAAUGUCCUGAAGUAUUCGGUGUGGAGUAAGGUUGAAUAUUGUCCCUAUGAUGAGCUACAAGAUCCACUCUUCAAUUCCAGAAAUCGGCUUUUUAGUGAGGAGACGUAUUAACACAUAGAAAUCUGGCGGUUUAACACAUUUAAAAACAUUUAGGUUUUAGGAGAGUUGGUACAUUAACGGGUACAAUACUUUUUAGACUUAUUUAAUGAUAACCUUAUUAGUGUAUAGUUGAGGUAGUCUAAACACAGAAAAAAUGAGUCAAUCUGCACACAGGAAUGUGGCCGCCUAUGGCCAGAAAUGGCUGAUCAAAGCCGCAGGCAGAUGUAUUUAUUAUUUACUUGGAGAAGUUUCUAUUGAAGGAAGAGGAUUUUUGCGCCUUAAUUGGCCUCUGUAUUUCAGAACGUGCAAACAUAUGCCUAAUAUAAUAUAUGGGUGAUACUGGAGUGGAAGUGGAGGAUGCUAAGAGACUAGAGGUUGCUGCAACACAUGGCAGAUAAAUUUUUGCUAAAUGCAGCAAAAUUCCACAAGGUGAAGGUGAACACCAGCAACAAAAAAAAUGCAUUUGGAGGGCCAAAACUCCUGCAUAGAGGACAAAAAACAGAAGGGUAUUGAUAUUAGGACAAACCACCAAAUACUUAGUGGAAAUAGCAUGGAGCACUUGGGUGGUCAUGGUGACAAUUCGGGAGAGAAAACUGAUGGCAAGUAUACCAUGGAGAAUCAGAAGAAUUUUGAAAAAGAUGCGAGACAGAGAAGAAUUUUCGACAAUGAGGCGGAUCAAGUUGGCAUUAGCAGAGAACGAAGUUGGUGCUUCUGGUCAGAAUGCCCUACCAGAGUCUGAAAACAAAAUUACUGCCGUUAAAUUUAACGACAUGACAGAAAGUGAUUGGACUUUUCCUGCUGCAGAUCAAGUUUAACCAAUAAGGCAUAAUGCUAAUGAAACAUCUGAGGAUCAAAUUGGGGGUGCAAACAGCAUAAAGGUGAUUGAGGAGGAGGAGGAGGAGACGGGGACACCAGUGGAUCAAGCCGCAUUCAUGAUUGAAUUAGAGAAUUACAAACUGAAGGGAGUGGAUAUAGACCUCCUAGAUUGUAUGUCAAGAUAUUAAAUUGCUUGAAGUAAUUACCCUUUACUAUCUUUGUUUCUUGGAUUUGGGUUAUACAAAGAUAUGACCAGACUCGGGCGCUAUGAUCAGGUACUGUUAGAAUAUGAAAGGCAUAAGUCGCAAAAUAUUAAGCCACGACUUGAUCUUCCAUCUGUUCCUGAGCCUCUGGCAGCUGGAAAUGUGACAACAGGGUCAGGUAGGGCAACAAGAGAUGCUGCAACUCACGCGAUGCAGGGAUGGCAUGCACAGCAUCCUUAUGGCUAUGAAGAGAUAGCUCAGCCAAAUAUCAAGACGGUUCCUCCAGUUUUGAUUUUGGUCCUUGUGCUGAUUGCCGAUUGGGUGAAGAUAAAUGUAAGAGAGAAUAUUGAUUUUUUUGAAGUCUAUGCUUUAGUCCCAGGUCUUUUGCGGGAGGAGAAGCUCCUGGAAUUUCUAAAAUUUGCAAAGAAAUUGCUCCAGUUGGGUAAACAUGCUUCUGAUGUCGAAAGGGUAAUCACCUAGGGUGAUAAGUCACAGACAAAGGUCAAGAGGUUAAGGUGAAAUCAGAUCCAAAAGGACGGCUUGUUAUGUCGGGUUAACCAGAGCAUCAUGAUUAUACGUGGGGAAUCACAGUCUUCCAAAAG